AAGAGAGAAGAUUUAACACUGUGGAAAAACCCUGAAACCUGAUUAAAAGAUUUCAUAGAUAUUGUUUAGCCAAAAGACUAUAGACUCCAGACAUCCACUUCCAAAUUUUGCUUCUUUAAGAAUGACUGGACUACUGUUUGGCAGUUCUGCAUUUAUAAAUGAGAGAACACCACAGCCUAUUAAAUCAAAAACCAAGAUGGCAGGCAGGACAUCUGUUAUAGAAGUGAAACAUGUCAUAUGACAUCUGUGAAAAGAAAACAUGUUCAGAGUCUUCAAACGUGGCAAUAGCUGAUUAAUAAAAAAGGGAUUAGCACCACAAGUUAAAAUAUUUGCUCUCAUAUUUUCAGCAUUGCUAAGAAAAAAGUUGGAAAAUUUCUCAAAAGCCCUCUCUCUCACCAUUAGCCUUUGACAUUUGGGGCAAAUACACAUAUUAGUCACCUGGAGAAAAUAUAAAUUUUCAUGUGAAGUUUUAGGUCCAAUGCAGAACCCAGGAGAUGAUGAUGGAAGGGAGGAAAGCUCCCCCCGAAAUGAGACAGAUCCCAACCUGCAGGAUGGAAGUGACGACGCUGAAGAAGACAGUGGAGCGACUGCCUCACAUUACAAAGAGGCUCAGUCACUGCCACAGCCAGAGAGCCCUGCUGCCCAGCGUUACCCUGACCUCACUGUAGUGGAUGAAAACCUCCCUGCAGCCACAAAUUUAAUGCAAGAGGAUGUUGCUCAGAUGGCUCACCGUUCACACACAUCGGAGGAGAUGGAGGAUCAUGAGCCACUGCCAGAAGACGAGGAAGAGGAGUUGAUCAUUCUUGAUCCUGAGCAUCCCGUGGUCAGAAGACAACAAGCUGCUCUGACAAACCAGCUUAGAAAACAGCUGGAGAGGAUCAACCAGACACUGAAGGAAAAGCAUGCAGUUGCGAAGGAUGAUGCUAGCCACGAUCAGGAAUUAGGUGUGGAGGUCUUCAGGAUUCAGGAGCAUCUGGUCAGACAGCAGAACAGGCUGCAUGACCUCCACGAGACCAAGACACAAGCCGAAACCAAACACCAGCAGGCUCUGAACCAGCUGGAGGAGAUAAAGAGUCAACAUUCCAGCAUGACCAGAAAGGUCUGCGAAGCCAGAGCCAAUGAGUCCCAGCUACAGGCACAGUUAGACAGCAUGACACAGUAUCUCAUCUUCAUCCAAGGAGUCAGUGAAGGUCUGCGCUCUGAAGUCAAAACCAUGAAUAACGCUAGACGCAAAGCGAGAGCUGAGAAGACCCAGGCAGAAGACCAGAAAUUAAAGCAGGAUUUAUAUGUGGAGCGACUAACAAAGGAGUUGGACAGGCUGACGCAGCAGAUAGCCAUGUACGAGUGCAAAACCAGUGCUCAAGCAGAGGAGACACAGACAGCCAAAGAGGCUCUCUCAGAGGCUGAGAUGGAGAUGGAGUCACUGUCGGUGGCCCGUAAACAGCUGCUGCAGCAGUGGAGCAGCUGCCUCAUGGGGUUGAGGAGACGAGACGAGGCCUUCGGUGCGAUGCAGGAAGUCAUCCGUGAAACCAAGCACCAGGUGAUCUUGCUGGACAAGGACAUUGAUGGCUACAAGAAGUCCAUCAAUGCAGAGCAGGAGCAAAAUGAGAUACUGACACUGCAGCUGAAUUGGUCUCAAAUGGACUGCACCACUACCAGAAAGCUCAUCAGUGACAAGCAGGCUCAGCAAGAGGCCCUGCAGGCCCACUACAGCACAUUCCUCCUCACUCUGCAGGAGACGGAGCGAACCCUCGCUAGACUCUCAAAGGAAUUCGGGUCACUCCAGGCUCAAGUGAACGAUCAGAGUAAGCAGCUGGAGAAAGAGAGUUCUGCACGGCUGGAGCUGGAAAACAACAUCAUGAGCUCCAUGCAGCAUAAGCUCCUCCACAACAACGCUGCCAAGUACUCCCAACUGCUCACCGAGAAGAUAUCCAGACUCAAAAAAGAGAAGAUGUACCAGUUGAAGCUGUCAGAGGAGGAGGUGUUGGCGGUGAAGCUGGAGAGCCAGCUGGUCAGCCAGCGAGUGGACAGCCUGGCCCUGACUCAGGAGGCCCUUGAUCAAGAGAUCACAAAUUACAACAAGUUAAUCACAGCCAUUGAGGCUAAGCUUACUUCAUCCGUUAGAGUCAUCGAGCACAAGCAGUCAACGAUCAUCGGAUACAACAAGAAGAUUUCUCAAAUAGCGGCCACCACUGGGCAUGAUGACCUCGGUCCUCUGCACAUCAAGAUACAGUCAAUAAUAGCUCAGAUUGAGGAGCUGGCAGCAAAUGUAAAGAGCGACCAGCAGCUUUGGAUGAAGCGACAGGGGAUUCUGAUGGGACUGACCCAAACGAUAGAAGCCAGCAGCAAGGAGCUGCUCAAACUGCAGGCGGAGUACACAGGAUGGCAACAGACGAAACUCUACUUCGAGAGUCAGAUAGAAUCAGAGCACCGCGAGGAGGCUGAGCUGGAGAAGAGCUCAAAGAUGCUGAAGCGUGAUCAGCUGAAGCUCAACAUGCUGCUCAGCAAGAAAGGACAACUGAGCCAGGCUCUGCAGCAGGAGAACGCCGUGAUGGAGACAGAUUUCAUUCACAGACUUAAGGAUGCAGAGAGGGAGGCCGUUAAGAUGCAGAUGAAAGUCGAGAAGACGCAGGAGGAAAAGGAGAGGCUCCUCAACAGUCUGGUGGAAGCUGAGCGGCAAAUCAUGCUGUGGGAGAAGAAGACACAGCUUGUAAAAGAGAUGCAUUCAGCUAUGGAUGUGGGGCAGGGAGAAAGCCACACGAUGAAAGUUGAAAUACAUCGUAUGGAGGUGCGACUCAGCCAGCUAAUGAGGCAACGGGAAUGCCUGCUGAGGGAAAGCGAAGCAACAGUGGCGAGAAGGGAAACCAUCGUCUUGCGCAAGGAGGCCAUGAUGAGAAACUCCCUCAAACAGGCUACACAGGGUGACCUGAGCCUCUCUAUACAGGGCCUACAGCGUAAGAUCCGGGAAGCACACAAGCAAGUGGUAGAGUAUGAGCAGGUGAUUGGGGAGCUACAAGAACAGAAGGAGAGUUUGAGAGACAGGAUCGCGCAGAGGAAGACUCAUCUCACAGAACUGUGCAGCACCAGUUACGUCCUCGACUCUGACUUUGUUAAUCUUCAGGAUACCAAAGAAAGGAACCUAGGACACCUAGUGGCUCUGCAGAGUCGGGCCAAGAGGUUGCGUACAGUGUGUGAAGGCAGCUAUCGAGCACUGUCCACCCCCGAAUCCGUGGAAGCCGCCCUGCAGAGGCAGACGGAGCGAUUGCAUGCCAUCAGCACCAUCUUGCACCGCGUAUGUGAGGAGUUCCCCCAACAUCAGGGGGCGCUCCGCAGGCUGUCACGAGCAAUGUCUGAAAAUGCACAGGCUGUGGAAUAGGAAACAUCCCAAAGUCAGGAAAAGAUGACGUGACAGUGCGCGCUGGAAGGACAAUGCACAGGAAUGACAUGUGAGUGAAAAAAGGGAAAGCUUAGAUAAGUAACAGCCAGGGAAGGAUGACAGCUUGUUCAUAUUGACGUGUGGUUUCGUUGAUGCACUGAAAUGUUGUUUGUGAAAAAAAUUUAAGAAAUAAAAGGUAAUGAAGUUUCUAAUCUCAAA